AUGUCUCUUUCAACCGCCCGACACCGAUCAUCUACCUCUGCGUCUAUCCCGGCUGCGAAUUCAAAAGCAAGGCAGAUUCUUAGUGGCCUCCUCGACAACCUGCUUGAAACCAUAGGAGAGCGUUCCACCGAUGGAUAUCCUGACGCUACGGCAAUAAUCCAAUGUCUCACGCCGAUCGUACGCCACAUAGGAGCCGUUGCACCUCCUAGCUCGGUCCAGGACGACUUUAGACAGCUGCAUGGCUUCAAUGCCCUGAUCGGGGUCCUCAGGGCGUACUCGGGCUAUUACGAUCCUAUCAAAAGGACAGAGAAGGAUACAGUCCUCUUGUUCGAUCUCCUUGAUAUUACACUGCGUUGUCUCGACCUUAGUCUUCGAGACCAUGCUGGAAGUCGCAGAUACUUUAAAUACAGAGUUGAGGAUGGGGAGGACAGCGCUCAAGACUCGGAAGGCAGCAGUCAAGAUAAGGCUGCCACCGCAAAGUCUAGCCAGGAUCUGGCUUCCGUCCCCUCCCAAGUCCGAGAAAUUCUUGGCCCUACUACUAUGCUCCACAAUCCCGAGGUGCUGCGCGUGCUGGUGAGCUUCUGGCUAUGGAUGCCGAGACCUCCUGGACAAGCGCCUCAUCCCUGUUCGCUUAUAUUCCUGGAGACACUAUCGGCCACCGUCUCAGCAUCCAUCUUUAACCUGAGCGCUGUCCAUUCCACGCAGGUACCUUCACAACUGCUCCGGGCCACGUUUGGCAAAACGCCCGGACUGAGCACUUCAGAAAGACAUGUCCUCCUUAAACUCUACAAGAUGUUCAUGUAUUUCGGCGUCAAUCAACUUGAAGAUGCCCAGUUCCUUCUCAGCUCCGACUCUCCAGAGACAUCCGACUUUUCGUCCUUUGCCUCAACAAACAUUCGCCUGAGCCCCGUUCAAGCCUUUAUUGGAACUCCUCGCGAUCUCUCUACCCAACUUGGUUCAGGAUUCCAAACCUACGAAGCCUCUGCGGCACUCGGUUUGCGCAACGAGCUCUUUCAUCCAGGGAAGGAUGAUACAUCUGAUAUCAUCAAGGCUAUUCGUGAGAAGGCAUCCUCUCUUCUUUCCGAAUCCAAGAUUCUCCUUAGCAUUCUACCAACCGGUGCUCUCUAUGAUGACUGUCUCUCGAAAGAGUCACAAUUGUUCCGUGCGCUUCCGCGAGCCGCUGCGAGCAGCCUAGUGCAUCUGAUGAGGCGGCACGGCUCAACAAUCGUCGUGAAUGCUGCCGCAGUUUCACUCACGGACGCUCUUCUCGGCCCACAGGGUGUGGCCAUUCUCUCUGGGCAGCCUGUCAUCGCGGUACCAUCAUACUUGGAUGAUAAUCUGUGGCAGUUAUCUGGAUUUACGCCGCUGGCUCUCAAGCUUCUCCAGCGUGCAUCUACCCCGGAGGAAGCCGUGAGAUCGGUUGAGAUUAUCCUGCAGUGUAUACAGAAUAAUUGGAGGAACAGUGAGGCCAUGGAACGAGAUGGAGGCUAUUCCGUGAUGGGAAUGCUCCUUCGAGUCAAACUUGGCCACAGUAGCCCUGGAGGCGACAAUGGCGUGGCUCGUCUGCGAAUGACCGAUGAUGAAAGGGAAAGCCUCACUUUCCGACUGCUGAGUCUAGUCCUCGGCUUCGUUGGCUAUAAUCACGAACACCCCAUAGAAUCCUUCAUCAUCAACCCUCUCGCAUACCGCAUUCUCCUUAUUGAUUUCGAUACCUGGAGGAAAUCGGCACCUCUCACCCAAAAGCUAUACUACCAACAGUUUGUGACGUUUGCGGUUAUGAGUAAGUAUCAUGAGUUUAACAGCCGCCGGCUUAUGCGAAUGAGGAUCAUCAAGAGGUUAUUAGAUGCCAUGAAGGCCGAAACUAUUGCCGAAGCCGUCCUACCCUCAUUUCUUGAGGCGUUUGAACACCUUGUAAAAUGCAAUUUCAAUAGCGAGGUUCACCGUGCCUUGGCUCUCUUCCUAACUUAUUCCUUCCACUCGCCUUCUACCUCCCUAUCGCGAACGCCGAAGCCCUUGUCUGCCAUCUCUAGGGCAAGCACUCCCGGACUUGGGAUUAUUCGGAGGUCUACCCCCGAAGUUGCGGAGGCUAGCGCCAAAGGAUUAACAGUAACGAAUAAGUGGCUCCUGUACCUCCUAUCCGAGGAUGAUGCUGAAAUCGUCGUCCAUGGUUGCAAAGUUCUCGCUAGACUUCUUGUCAGCCACGGGCCUGGAUACACGUCAAAGUUCGCGGCGAAAACCGGCGGCUUCAUAAUCAUGGGAGACCGGCUCAAGCGGUGGUGGGACAUACCUACCCUCUGGCCAAUCUGCUUCAGCAUCCUUUUCGGCUACGACGUCGCUGAGAUCGACUUUGACCGCAACUUCAACUUCUUCAAUCUCAUCGAGAUUUUGGAAAGUCCAAGAUUGCAUAUCCGGAUAUCUUGCCCGUAA